GAAGUUGGAUCCACUGGAACUUGAGUUAUAGACCCUUGUGAGCUGCCAUGUAGGUGCUGGGAAUCGAACCCUGGUCCUCUGGAAGAGCAGCCAGUGUAUUGGUUUGAAACUAUUACCACAUUUAAAGGUAGAUUCACAUUAGAUGGCCAAUUAACCGCUGAGCCAUCUCUCCAGCCCAGAAUAAUGAUUUUAAUGUCAAAGGAUCAAGACGUCUUGUAAAUGGAAGUAUUGAAAUAGAAUUUUGUCAGAAAACAAAACAAAACAAAACAACUCCAUAAAUCAAUCUCCCUCCCUCCCUCCCUCCUUCCCUGCCUCCCUCUCUCCCUUCCUGCCUCUCUUUUUCUCUGCAAACAAGUGUUGCUUUAUUUAGUGUUUCUCUGGAUUGCAGAAGUGUCAGCACUGGGCUGUGAGCACAGAGGAAGCCAGGCAAACCCAAGGCCCUCAGGGGUGGAGGGAAGCAGAGAAAGGUGAUGCCCCUGAAACUCCUCCAAGGGCAGCCCUGUCCACAUGCUCCCAGGUCACAGAAGUGCUCAGGUCAAUAAGACCCUACCUACACUUGAUUCAUUCUUUGGUCAUUAUGAGAGUUAGUUAGCACUUAGGUAAAAGUAACACAAAUUUUGUAAAAUGCUAUUUCAUUCUUUUUUGGGAGGUGGAUGCUGGUGACCUGAACUCAGGAUCUUCAGUACUUCAGACAGUUUCUACCAAUACCUUGGCUCUUUUUUUUUAAAAUCUUUUCCCUUUUUUUUCUUUUUUCUUAUGUACAUUGGUGUUUUGCCUGCACGGAUGUCUGUGUUGAGAGUAUCAGAUUUCCUGGAAUUAGAGUUACAGACAGUUGUAAGCUGCCAUGCUGGGUGCUGGGAAUCGAACCUAGGUCCUCUGGAAGAGCAGCCAGUGUAUUGUUUUUGAAACGAUAUAAUGAAGUGUUACCACAUUUAAAGGUAGAUUCACAUUAAAUGGCCAGUUAUUCUUUUUAUCCCUUAUGUAAUAUCCAGACAUUUCUUAAUUAUUGUGUGUUGUUGUUUUGAUACUAUAUAUAUUCAACAACGUGUAUGUUACGUUUUUAUUUUUAAAAAAGCCCCAGAAUGUUGUCACUUGAAAUCUGUGAAGCAAACAGUAGCUUUAAGAAACAGCAGGCUCUACAAAGAGUUCCAGGGCAGCCAGGGCUACACAGAGAAACCUUGUCUCAAAAACAAAAGAGAGCAGACUCGACUAGAGAGAUGGCUCAGCAGUUAAGAGCACUGGCUGCUCUUCCACAAGACCCAGGUUCAGUUCCCAGCAUCCAGAUAGCAGCUCCUAACUGCCUCUAUUUUCAAGGGGAUCAGACUCCUUCACACAGACAAAACACGAAUGCACAUGAAAUAAAAAUUUUAUACACACACACACACACACACACACACACACACACACACACACACACACGUACAGCAGGCUCUUGAAAGGGCUAGGCUGGCUGUUCAAGUAAUGGAGAACUCAGUUGUGUGAGGUAGUUGAAAGAUGCAGAUAAAGUGUUCUAUUUUCAUUCACUAAGGUAACAUCACUAAGAUAUCCGAAGGGCAACAACUUAGUUUUCAUGCAAGGGAAAAAAGGUCAUCUGUCAUAUCUCUACAACUGACAAUGAGUUACAAGGCACUAAUAGUUCUGGAUCCUUGGGUGGUCUUGAUGUUCGCAGAAGAAUUCCUAUAAAACUCAUCUCCAAACAAGCCAACAAAGUUAAACCUGCACCUCGAACUCAAAGGAAUAUUAGCAGGAUGCCUGCAAAGGCCCCACCAGGUGAUGAAGAAGGAUUUGAUUACAAUGAAGAACAGCGGUAUGACUGUAAAGGAGGCGAACUCUUUGGAAAUCAGCGAAGAUUUCCAGGACACCUUUUUUGGGAUUUUAAGAUAAACAUCUUAGGUGAAAAGGAUGAUACGCCAGUUCAUUUCUGUGACAAAUGUGGAUUGCCUAUUAAAGUCUAUGGAAGAAUGAUUCCAUGCAAGCAUGUCUUUUGCUAUGACUGUGCUAUUUUACAUGAAAAAAAAGGAGAUAAGAUGUGCCCAGGCUGUAGUGAUCCUGUGCAGCGGAUUGAGCAGUGUACACGAGGCUCUCUCUUCAUGUGUAGCAUUGUUCAAGGUUGCAAGAGAACAUAUCUGUCUCAGAGAGACUUACAAGCUCAUAUCAACCAUCGCCAUAUGAGAGCUGGAAAGCCAGUUACCCGUGCUUCACUUGAGAAUGUUCAUCCUCCUAUUGCCCCACCACCAACUGAAAUCCCCGAUCGUUUCAUAAUGCCACCAGACAAGCAUCAUCUAAGCCAUAUUCCUCCAAAGCAGCACAUCAUGAUGCCACCACCUCCUUUGCAGCAUGUGCCACAUGAGCACUAUAAUCAGCCACAUGAGGAUAUUCGUGCUCCUCCAGCAGAAUUGUCUAUGGCUCCACCUCCACCUCGUUCAGUCAGUCAGGAAACCUUUCGUAUUUCAACAAGAAAACACAGCAAUUUAAUAACUGUCCCUAUUCAGGAUGACUCAAGUUCAGGUGCUAGAGAACCACCACCUCCUGCCCCAGCACCAGCUCACCAUCAUCCUGAAUAUCAGGGCCAACCAGUGGUAUCGCACCCUCAUCAUAUUAUGCCUCCACAGCAACAUUAUGCACCACCCCCACCUCCUCCACCACCAAUAAGCCAUCCAAUGCCACAUCCUCCCCAGGCUGCAGGUACUCCUCACUUGGUGUAUAGCCAAGCUCCACCUCCACCAAUGACCUCUGCUCCACCACCAAUAACCCCUCCCCCUGGACAUAUUAUUGCCCAGAUGCCACCUUAUAUGAAUCAUCCUCCUCCAGGACCCCCCCCACCUCAGCAUGGUGGUCCACCUGUAACUGCACCCCCUCCUCACCAUUACAAUCCUAACUCUUUACCCCAGUUUACUGAAGAUCAAGGAACUCUGAGCCCUCCAUUUACACAACCAGGAGGAAUGAGUCCUGGUAUAUGGCCUGCGCCAAGAGGGCCACCACCACCUCCACGAAUGCAGGGCCCGCCUUCUCAAACCCCACUACCUGGACCACAUCAUCCAGAUCAAACAAGAUACAGACCAUAUUACCAGUGAUCAUAGUGUUUUGAACUGAAGCUAUGACAAGGAAAAUGAUUAAAUUAGUCAAUCUUUUAAUUUAGCUUUUGACUGUUGGGGGAAGGAAAAAUACCUCUUUUGAAGUGGCUAUAAAACACAGUCUUAACCCUUAAAAUGGUUUUAAAUCUUGACCUUAGGAUUGCUUUCAAAUACUAUACUGUAGUGCAGGUAAGUGGCUCAGUUGAGCACACAUGUAUCUUAGCAGCUGUUACUUUGGUGUGGUAAAUUGACCCAGAAAUGACCAUUUGUAUAAAAUUUACAAAUUUUUCACUGUUCCAUUUUCAAAAAUACUGCUUUUAUUAAACCCAAUGUUUAGUUUUUCUUGUGAUGCAUUUUGUUAACCUAUGUAAAAGGAUUAAAUUUCAAGAUGGUUGUAAAAAAUGCUGUUUUUAUGUGAAUUUAAGUACAACCGCAUAAUUUUUUUUUAAAACCAUAUGUUUUACCACUAAUUUUCCAAAGUUAAAGUCCUAAAAAUAAAAAUCUACUAGAAUUGUUACCAGGCAGACUGUUACAUGAUAGGGAAUUACUUCACAUUUUAGGCACUGAAAUUUCAAGGGGUAGUAAUUAUGUACUUGGAUUCAUUUUUGUCUUUGAACUGCCUCAGGAGUGCCAGAAUACAUCAGAAUUCCUGUAAUGGUGUAGUUUGACAUGCCCCAAGGCAUUCUAAUCAUUUUGAAAAUGACUGGCUUUACAGGCUCUAAGCUGUGGAUGAGAUGCUGUCCUCAUUGAUGCUUUUCUCCUGAGUGGUUAGAAUCACAUGAUCCAUCACACUUACUCUUAAAUUAUGUCACUUUAUAGGAUUGCUGGAACGGUGUUAUUUGGAUGAAGUGUGUUCUGUGUUCACUGUCUUAACCUACAUGUUUAGGACUGACUAGACUUUAUUUAAAUCCGCAUUUCUUCAUAGUAGUUUGAUUCUGUGUUUUAGUGUGUUCUUGUUUAUGGGGUUUUAAACUGCAACUUGAGUGCUGUGGAGGAAUUUGACUGAUGUAUUAGCAAAGGGUGUUUCUUAUAAAACCACAACCUAGCAUUUACUCAGGUUUCAUUGCUGUGGUGAGUUUUUCCUCUAAGUUGAAAUUUUAAAACUUAAUUAUUUCCUCCUCCUCCUCCUUUUGUAAAGCAUUCUAACAUUGUAGCACAGAAUCAAUAGUGAGGACAACCUGAUAAUUUUGAAUUGGACAGAAGAAAAGUAAUUAUUAGAUUGUGAAUUUCAGUGCCAUGUAAGGUGCCUUUGGAGUCAGUGUUUGCAUUAUAGGGGCUUGUUAGAGUCCACUGAAGAUAACCACUCAGUUUAUACAGCUUUCCUAUGUAUAAGUCAGCAUUCUUAGGAUAUUAUUAUAUAUCCUUUGAAUUGACUAAACCCUUAUGAAGCUUUUCUUCCCUCCUUAAAAUGGUGCAUAAUAUAAACAUGGUGUGUAGUAUGCAGAUAGCAUUUAUUAGAUAGUGUGUAGUAUAUAAAUUUAGAACAUUGGUUUUUGACAAGUACUGAUUGGUAAUUCACCAUUUUAUUUUGUCAGGUACAGGAACAGUCUCAUGUUGGACGAUCAGAUGCAAAAUGAUUUCUGAACUUAUUAGCACAGAAGUAAGAAAUAAUAUAAAUGGGCAUUUCAGCCUUGGCUGGCCAAAAAUAACUAAUGCAGCCUUUCUUGAGCAAGUGAUUUUUUUCCCCCACGUAUAGCAGUGAGAGUCUGGUUUGCUCAUGCACUAUUUCUACUGAGAAACUUUUGUUACUAUAAGCAUGGGAGUGAAAUAGUGUGACAUGGUGGUGAGUGUUUCUGUUAUAUUACUGUAGGUACUUGGAUUGGUGCAAACUUGAUUCCUUUUCAUAUCCCUGUUUAGGAGCUAUUUAAAUAUUAACUGUUACAAUCCAAAUAACUUUGUUUCAUGUAAUUAGAAAAUAGCCAGAUUCAUGUAAGAGCUUCUUAACUGUUUAUGAGAAGCUCUUGUAUUGAGAUUUACUGAGGUUGGACAUGGUAAGAAACCAUCCUAGCCUGUAUUUUGGACCAAAAAAAUCAGUAUCAUGAAAAAAAUCCCACAUUAUGAGAAUUCUUGUAGGUGUAAAUGACAAUUUUAGUUAUGUUAAUACGUGUUAUACUGGGAGGCAGGUCAGAUGAGUGUCUUGUAAUAGACAGAAUUUUAAAUGUUAGACUUGAAUUCAUCAGCUGAUUGUUUGAAUGAGGGUGGGUGGGUAGACAAUUAACAGGAUUACUGUUCUUAAGGAAAAAGUUGUGAAUCCCAGUGCAUUUCAGGGAAGCCUUUGAAGCUAUCUAUAACGGACAUAAGUCUAAAUGUAUGUAUGUUUCAUUAAUUGCUCUUAAGACUACUGAGGUGGCAGUUCAAUUCUUAAAAACAAUAAAAUGGAAGCAUAAAUAC